AUGCGUGAGGUGGAUGUGCGGGGACAGUGUGGGCAGUAUAGAUCAGGACCUGCAGCAUCGGUUGAUGGUGGUGCUGCUGCUGCUGCUGCUGCUGCCGCUGUUGAUCGUGGUGGGUGCGCGGGAAGAUGGGGAAAUGAUUGGAUCGGGGUGGUGGAUGUGCAAAGUGAAUCGAUACCGCGGUGUGUUCUGAUAUAAGGGAUACGCAUGCGACUGAGUAGGCCCAUGCGACAGAUGGAUGUGUGUGGACCAUGAAAGUGGGUGCGGUGAGUGCAUGAUGGUGCUCUAGGCACUGGUUAGCCUGUCUCCAUGCGAUGGAUUCGCAAGUGGCCGACCAGGCCGAUGCGUAAGGUGAAUGCACGGUCGCAAUGAGGACAUGUUGGAUGGGAGCCCACAUAUCUGGAGAGGGGAGGUUAUGAUGAGGGAAUGUGUUGGUUGUUGUCGGGGUGUCAGAAGCGUUUUGGCCGUUGGAGGUAGAUGUGGCAGAGGUAAUGGAGGUGGUAGUGAUUGACGUCAGUGUGACAGGGGGAUUUGAAACAACGUUGGUGAGGGUGGGCGUCGACGUGAGGGUCGGAGGAGGGCGGUGUAUAAUAAGUAGCACACGACAGAACGAUACAAAGCAGAGGGACCUUAGUAAAUGAGACAAAAGCUUAAUUCCAAGAAGAAAAUGUGUCUAGAAACGUGCGACCAUGUUCUGUAUUCAUUGUCUGAACGGUUGGUCGUUCCCAGCCCGAGUUCCUUAGAAUAACAAUGAUGUACGUUCAAAAAAUCAAGUUUGUUAUAAUCGUCAUUCUCGGGGGGAGUCCCGCUUUAAUUGACAAACGUGUAAUGUAGCAGGAAUGACGUUUAUUUUAAUCCAGAAGACGACAACGGGUGGAAUGUGAGACUGAUUUAGAAUCUGAAAAAAAGUUCUCUAGAAGCCCACUGACUGACGUACAGGCACACAGGAUAAGGUGUUUUCGUCGCCCAAUCGUAGUACAUACGACGUGGUGUUGCCGGCUUUGGGACGCAAACGAUUGGUCGUGGGCGUGCGCUUGUGUUCGCUUGACCGGAAAUCAGUCAGGCUACCCGGCGAGAGAGAGAGUUGACUUUCUCCAUGCACGCCUACUAUCCAGAAUUAAUUAGCGGAGAAAAAGACCUUGGGCUCUACCGGUGACCGCUGUACGAUCAUGCCGACUGUAAGCGAGGAUCCGACGCGCAUGCACCUAAUUAUACGCGGUCACCUGUUAAGAGCACAGACUCCCUCGAAAUCGUGCAGAGGUCUUCAUUCUAAAUGGUCUGGAAAUCUGACAACUAUUAGGCUAGAAAAACUAGACGGAGCCCUUCUCAGAAGAUUACGUCAGACCUACGGGGGUCUGGAAAAUGAGCGAGCAGCAUAAAAACUGGCAGUCGAUGCUUUUCUAUUUGUGGGUAAACAUGCUUGAGAAUGAGUAUUCUAGGUGCCGCUGCCCUCUUGAGCGUUUUGAGCAGAAAGUACGUCUUUGUGGAGUUUCCUGACAGUGUCAUCGACGCUCUACCCACGGGAAGAGUAGAAAAGCACUCCUAACAGUAAUUAUUGCCCUGUUUGACAGACUUAACGGGAAGAGAUAAACUUAUUUUCAUGCAGGAAGAUGGGGGUGACAUGACCGUUCUGCUAAAAAUCAACUUCGACUCAGUUCAGAUCGCAAACACCGUCAACACCAGACACCGCCAAUGGCUUGAAAUGGUUUCAAAAACAGUCAAAGGCGUCUUUCUGAAGGACCACAUGAAAAUAAAAAAGUUGUGGAACAGGGAAAUUGGAUACACGAAGAUAGACUGGUAUAUUUCUAAGCGACCAAUGAGAUGGCGUCUUAUCCUGUGCACGUCAGGAGAGUACCGAAGACUGGAAGACCGUGAUGAUCAUUUCAAGCCCAUUAUCCGUCACCAGUCAGUCAAACCCAAGUCUGAAUAGUCUGGGAGUAGAACCCAUAUUCUUGGACUCUUGGAAAUUUUGAAGUCCAGCGCCGUAGCACUGAGCCACCGGCCGGCUGUCCGGUCGGAUGGGAUAUCGAAAAUAUUCAUUAUCAUAGGAAGAGUACCGACUGAGCAGGUUACGGGACGUGUUCGCUUCCCCGUGUCCUGACGCUCAAUAUAGUAAUGUCUGCAGGCUAUCCAGACUUGAGGCUGGAUAUGGUUGAUUGACGACAGUUAAUAAGUUAAUCUUGAUCGACCCCCCCCCCGCCCCACAGCAGGGGAAAAUAAGCAGAUUCCCCGAGCUGAUUGACAAACGCCCUUCUUCCAUUAACUUAGUGAAUUUAUAAGUUCUUUUGUAACUACUGGAUAAGAAUAACCAGCGGGGGUUAUACACCCAGUCCGGAUAAGAGAAAUCGUGGUUGCCGUACCCAAUGAAUUGCUGGGGAACGAACAGUUAUCAGGCGCGAAUAGGGAUGUUCGGAAAGACAGGGACGCUAGUGGCCGUUUAAGCAAUGAGAGAUAAGAAAGCCGAUUCUCUCAACAUAAUUCAUUCCAAAGAGCCAAAAAAGGGACGGAUAGAGAACCACCACAAAUUUUCUUUCAUUUUCUCGUCUACUAGAUGAAGCAUGUAUGCAAGUAGUUGACAGCAAAAUCCUUUUACGAGGGAAGCAUUUCAGUUGCCGCUGCAAAGGCCCUUGUCCUACUGAGUUCACUACUUAAAUAUCAUGCAUAAAACAAUCUGUAUCUAGUAUCGUACAUCCCCAUCAACCAUCACCCAUAAAACCCCUAUUGCCACCUGUCCCGUAAGACAAGCUGCUUUGGUUAGGCGGAUUUUUUGGUGCCAUCUCCCGAUUGUUGCCACAAUCUGUUCUGGAUAAGGCGUAAAAUCCCGUAAUUAUGUCUUUAGUAUAAUUGCAGAAGAGCAUAGUUCAACAGGUGAGUCGACAAAAAACAAAGCUUUGUAAAAAACAGAAUCCCGGUAGGAAAAAAGGAUUUAAAGGUUAAAUAAAGCUGACAGGUUAAUGCCGUCUUUUCCUUGUACAGUGGGUUUUGCACGCCGUGGUAGCUUUCCCGUAGACGAGAAAACGAGCCAUUAAGGCUCGGUAUAAUGUUUUAUAGAGAGUACUUUUAUGCACGUAGUCUAUUUAAGCGAAGCAAUCUAUUUAGUCAUCACGAACCAGCAGGGCACCUGCCAGACUGGAAAUUAGAUUACGAUCCCUCGGAGUCCUCUUGAAAAACAAACCGUCUUCUCAAGGUCAAACUUUGCUCAUCCUUAACAACUAAAGCGCAGAGCAGUCUGCCAUCUAAUGAUUGACUGCUUUGUGUAUAUUUUUAUUUGAUGUCUGUGGGAGCCAUUUUUGCCUACAUAAACUGCUAAUGAUCCACUUGGAGGUAUGUACAGUUAACCAAAAUUCUAGAAUGCUCUUUUUCAAUUCGAAAAGGUUACUUAAGUAGGAUUGUGAUUUAAAUUAUCGUGUAGCGCAACCAAAAAGUAUUUCAGUCGUAUCAGAAUGCUGGCUUUUAAACUACCUUAUUUCUGGCCCCCUGCAUAAACUACGCUUUGUUAAAAAUGGGCUAUUUAAGUAGUGUGGACUUUUCCACUAAUUUUCGGUGCCCUCACAAAUUAGAAUGUUUUGUAGCGUACCCAAUUGGUAGAAAAUUACGUCUUUUUUCCGAAGUUUUACAUUAAAAGAGAGACUAGCAUUCGGUUUUAAAAAACUUCUCCAAUUCCCGAUUAGUUUUUCACUAGACCUGCCGUUACACUUGCAUUCGGGGUUUCCAGCCCACAAGCUGAAUACUUUUGUGCAAGUUUACUAAUAAAAUACGUUUGAAUUCAUAGAGGUGACGCGAGCAAUGAGAAAAAUGACAACACUUAAGCAGCCAUUUUUCACAGGACGUAGUUUAUGCAGGCAGCAGGAAAGAAGCUGGUUCAAUGGCCGAUGUCUUGACGUGACUUAAAUAUCUUCGGAUUAUGCCACGCGGCAGUUAAUAUUAAAUCCCUACCUAGGUAAUCGAUCGGAAGUUCGGUUAACAUCUCAUGAAAUAUCACAUCUACAGUUUAGUAUUAUUUUUCGAUUUAAUAUAAUUUAAAGCAACUGUUAAAGCAUUAGUGGAAAGCAACUGCGGUACUCGAACCGCGGAACAGGUGUUUUAUUCUUCAGUUAGUUAGACCAUAAAUAAAGAACUCGGGAGGAAUGAUUGAUUUGGCUACCGGAUGAAAAGACCUAGAAGUUCCCUCAGGCUUCAGUACAUAGGCAUCCGUCUUCCCAAUUAAGUCUCAGCUCCUACAAAGUAACUAAGCCAGCACUGACGUGGUGAAUUUUCGACUCAACUCUCCGGGCUGUCAUGACUCUGGCAUGGGGCCUUAACUGUCCGCAUCAGCUUGCUCGGCCACAUGCUUCUCCAUGGAAAUUUUUUGCAAAACACCCCCGGUCAAACCACGUAAAUCCGUCCGAUGGCACAGGAAAGUGUACUCUUCGGCUCCACCUCCAUAUGGCUCCUAUGAUACCCAUUCUUAUGCUUUACGGGGUCCAGGUUGUGCGUGAUACGCGUAGGCAGUCGUCCGGUAGCAUAGGAAAGUGUACUCUUCAGCUCCACCUCCAAUAUGGCUCCUACGAUACCCUCCUUAUGCUGUACGGGGUCCAGGUUGUGCGUGGCACGCGUAGACAGGUCGCUUAACUGCGCCCAAUCCUGUCCACGAUCUUAUUGACUCCGUCUUAAAACCGGGCCCAGAGGGGUGCGGGAGGAGAGAAUUUGGUAGAUUCAGCACAAGUCCACUAUCACUAUAAGCUAAUUCACGCUCAAGCCGUAGUCCCUGGGCCCACCAUGCUAUAGGGAACACGCUGGACAGUCGAACUGUCGCCUGACGUGAUAUCCCGCUAUAAUUACUCUUGCACUACUUUCCGUCAAUUCCAAUCAGGCUUUCCAGUCUCAAGCCCUGAUGCAAGCGGCAGGGAUCGAAUCUGCCAUAUUCACACGUAUCCAUAAACCCCCUUAACGUCGGUCUUCAUAAUACCCCCUCAGCGCAAACGGUGCCGGUGAGGUGAGCCAACUGAGCAAAGGCGUCCCCU